CAAACGCCCGGUCGGAGGCGGCGAGGUUGGGCUGGGCGCUGCUUCUCCACAAGUGCUGCUGCUGCCGAGGCCGCGUGAGGGAAGCGCGGCGGAGGGACCGGGAAGAGGAGGCGGCGGCCAUGACCAAGUACUGCCGGGCGCCCAACUGCUGCAACUCCGCCAGGGAGCCGAGGCCGGACAACCGGCGCCUCAGUUUUUACAAGUUUCCUCUGCACGAUCCUGAACGUCUCCAGCAAUGGCUCUCCCAGAUGAACCAAGAAAAGUGGGUCCCGACGAAGCACCAGCACUUGUGCAGUGAGCACUUUGCCCCGUCCUGCUUUGAAUACCGGUGGGGGGCGCGCUUCCUGAAGCCUGACGCUGUUCCCACCAUCUUCCAGACCUCAGAUGGCUCGCUGAAGAGGGAAAACCCGGCCAGGACGUCCUCCAGUGUCCCAGCUAAGAAGCUCAUCAUUGAAUGCCAAGGGGAGAGGAGCGUGCCAGUACCCCGAGCCAUAAGCCACCCUGAGCCAAACGCCCUGGAAACGCUUGCCAUCGCCAUUGACCCCAGCGUGUCAGCUGCCCCCAUCUACGUGGAGACCCAGUCCUCCGCCUCAGACAUCCAUGCCCUCUCAGGCCCCUUGGUUGGGGCUGUGAACCUCUUGCCUUUGGUCCAAAUCGUGGAGCCCCUCAAGGCUGUGACUCUGACUGUGGCUUCCCCGGUUGAUGCUGGCCAGCCUCUUCCGGACCGGGUGGAGCAGCAGGUGGUUGACUUCUUGGCCUCGCUGCCACCGGCAACCCUAGAAGCUAUGCCGGGCUCGUCCAGGGGGGCCUCUGAGCCCUUUUGUGCAGAGGUGGUGGCGGCCGCCGACCAGCCGCCGCUGCGGGCCCUGGUGGCCGACCCAGUCAUGGCGACGGAGCAAGGGGCGCUCAUCAUCGAGAAUGUCUCCAUCGAGCCGUUUCUGGAGGCUGACCCCUCCACCACCACUGCUGUCCUGAGCUCCCUGCAGGAGCCGCCCGCCGAGAUGGUGGCGUACUUUGAGACCAUCCCGACGGCACCCAUCUCAGCUGCCGCCUCUUCCGGCGUGACCCCCCCUGAGACGGUGCUGUCCUCUGCCCUGAGCCUCCCCAUUGUCUCCACCGUCCCCAUUGUCUCCAACCAGGCGCCUCCAGAGGCCCCCCCGGCGGAGGAGGAGGAGAGGCUGGAGGAGCUGAGCUCGGCCGAGUCCUUGGAGGAGCAGCUGGAGGAGCAUCGCUACCACAAGCAUGAGGGGACGGCCUCGGAGCUUGUGGAGGUGGUGAUGGGCCUUCAGAAGAAGGUGAAGGUUCUCCAGCAGAGGCACCGCCGGCACUGCGCAAAGCUGGAGGCCAUGGAAGGGGUGGUGGAGCAGCUGCGGAAGGAGAACCUGGUGUCCGAGGAGAAGCUGAAGCUGCUGGAAAUGGCCUGCCUACAGUCCAGCACUCUUGUGCCCGAAGCCGGCGGUGCUGUGGCCAUCAUCUGCCAGGACAAUGACCAGGCGCUGGUCUACGCCGUGCCCCAGCUCCCAGAAGAAGGGAACGAGACCAUCAUCCACGUGGAGGAGCAGUAAUCUUGGAGGCGGCAGAGGGCAGUUGGGAGCCAACCCUUGUUGCGUUCCAUUUAGCCGAAGGCACCUGUCAGGGAGGUCCCCGGCGCUGACGUCCUUCAGCUGCGAGAAUCUCAAGCCUGGCGCCACCGGGCCUCUUCUUAUUUCAGCUGCCUAACACAAUAGCCUUAUUGCGACGGUACCUUAUUUUGCGGGAAAGUUGCCUGAAAUAAUUGUACAUAAAAAUUGGGUGGGGUGAAUUGAGCCACUGAGUGUGCGUGUGUGUUUGCCUCCUCUUCUGCACCUGCGCUUGAGCCUCGAAGCCGCCGCUGCCUCAUUUGUCAUGAUAACCGCUGCUUGGUGUGAGCCAGACUGUCCUUGCCAGCUUGCUUUGCUAGCAAGGCAAAGGCAAGGGCGGACAGGCCCAUCUUGGCGGCUAAACUGCUGUACCGCUUUUUGGGCACCUGAAAUUGCCACAUUUUGCUGUUGGGCCCUCUUAGGUGCCUUUCUAAAGGGCUCAGCUUCAGGACAUCUCUCUCUCUCUCUCUCUCUCUCUCUCUCUCUCUCUCUCUCUCUCUGUCUCUCUCUGUCUGUCUGUCUGUCUGUCUGUCUGUCUGUCUCUGUCUCUUUGUGUGUGUGAGAGAGAAUUGCCCCUCUCUCUUCCCGCUUCCAGCAGAACUUAAUGCACAGACUGCUGGUAUCUCAGCACUCUCCACAUUAAUCUGAAGGCAAAAGUAUUUGCUACUUCUCCCCAUAGACCUUUCAUACCUAGGCGCAUGUGGGAUCAUAAGGCCACCUGGUGCCUGGGAACAGGUGGUGUCCAUACGGGGGGGGGGGCGUUUAGGAGAGAGAAGCAGAAAGGAAUCUCACACACCCCCUUUGUGGAGAACAUGUAGUGGAAGCCAUUAACAAGAGGCCGUGAUGAAUGGCAAUCCCACAUGCACUCCUGCUACAAAACCAGAUCAGAUUGAAACCAGAUCAGUACACAAGAACAUAGCACCAUCCACAGAGCUGAGCUGCGAAAGUGUUUUGAGCGUUCCAAGGGACUCUCUCUAAUCUUUUCAGCUGCUUGACAGAUUGCGUAGUAACAGAAUCGUUUCAGAUCCAGUGCCUGCGCUUGCGUUGACCCAUAGCAGCUCCUUGCGGUCUCUUGACGAGCAAUUCUGUUCAGUCGAGUAGUGCAAACAGGCCAUGUCUGACUGAAGGUGAAGGCUUGGUAGGGAGAUUGUAGCAGCCUGUCUCAACUGUCUUAAUCUAGCAAACUUCAGGGAAGUGCCAACAUGGUGCACUUCAGCUCGUUUGUCAAAACGUUGAAGGUCUGCAUUUGACAACAAAGCCUCCAUAACUUACAGCGCAACCACGGAGGUCUACCUGAGCCCCACUCGGGUAUUUAAAUUCCUCGCAUGGGUGAGGAGGUUGAGGAUGACUAUCUCCACCCCCAUUGUCUCCCCACAAGGUGGGGGAGCCAAACAUCUGCAGCAGAGUGCCUGUCCUGCUUAUGUAAACACCCCCUUUUUCUGGUGAUCUAGAACCCUGGAAUAUCAGAAUUCUAGAAUCCACAGGGAGCCUUCCAACACACGGAAGGCAAUAUUGCCAGCUUCAGGGAACAUGAAGGAGGGCAGUAUCCCCAUGCCCCCACCCCUGUUCCCCCCCUCAUGUGAUGCAGCCAGCAGGGUGGGGAAGAGCUUUGGCAGGAAGCAUAUCUGGGUUGCCUAGGGCUGUUGUUUCCUCCUAAGGACCCAUUGCUACACUGACUGCGCUUUGCAUCCUAUUCCAAGGAUCCUGUCACAUCCUUUGCUGGUUCAGAUGGAAGAUCGCCUCUGGUCCUUCAUCCUGCUUCCCACGGUGACUUGCCGGGUGCCCCUCGGAAGGCUGCCAGUGGGGCUUGAAGGCAAAUAGUACCCCCUACCCCACAAUCUGCUCAGUGGCAGAUUCUCACAUUAGCAGAUGUUGCUUCCCUAAGUCACUAUCAUGUCGUCAGGGAUGAUAGUGGAAGACUUUACAGGAAUGUCUGCUUCUCCUUGGGUACUCUCAGUCUUCCAUCUAGACUCCUUUCAGCUUUUCUUUUCUUUUGAGGAUGUCCUCUUGCAGCUACCAUCUUAGGGUUUCUUGUCAUGCAAUAUUUUUGCCCCAUAACCAGCCAAAUAAAGUUGUUUUGAGUUUGUGAGUGAGUGGAUGUUAUGAUAAACCCUCCUUUAAAAAAAAUGUUAUUAAGGUUUUGCUUUUUUUAAAAAAAAAAACACGGGUCUCUGUAAUUGAAAGUUAAUCGAGGAGUAGGAGGAAAGGCUGAAAAAUAAAAUGCGACAUUGUGAUUGUAGAUCUUGGUGAUGGGCAGAACCUGACG